ACAGACACCGAGCUCAGUCCUACCAUCUCCGACUUGGCAGAGACAUCAUGUACUCUCUGCUCCCUCUCCUCUGCCUGUGCUCGGCCUGGACGAAAGCCUCGGGGGCGUCGGACCCCAACUUUCCCUUCAUGGACUACCUGGACUCAAAGAAUUUGGUGUGCCUGAAGUGGGGCUUUGACAACCCGCAAGGAAACAUAACAUUCAAGCUGGCGAUCAACACGACCGGCUGGGUGGGCUUGGGCUUCAAUUCGGAUGGAGAAAUGACAGGGUCAGACAUCGUCAUGGGGGGAGUUGGAGCCAGUGAAAGCUACUUCCGAGACUACUACGCCACGGGGAACAAGAGGCCAUUGGUGGACAACCAGCAGAGCUACACUCUCCUGUCUCUGGAGGAGACGGCGGGUCAAACCAUCAUGACCUUUCAGAGGCCCGUUCAGUUGUGUAAUGACGAGGAUUUCUAUAUCACUGCUGAGCCCCUUACACUGAUCUACGCUUAUGGAACAACAGAUGACCUUGGUUACCAUGGGGGCCUGAGAGGCGCCAAGAAAGUCAACCUGCUUAACCAUGUGACCAGGGCAACCGUAACCAACAUCAACUAUCUCAGCGCCACUAUGGAUAAUAUCAUUGUCCCUGCAAAUCGUACCUACUACCACUGCAAGAUCAUGAAGUUUCAAAACUUAGAUCUGACGACACCAUAUCACAUAUAUCAGAUUGAGCCAGUGAUUAAGAACCCCGACCUUGUGCACCACAUCCUGCUCUACCGCUGCCCCUCGUACGUGACGGAGCCCUAUGACAGGCCGUGCUACAUGGGCGACGUGGGCGACACCUGCUUCGGGGUGGUGGCUGCGUGGGGCGUGGGAGGAGGGGUAUUUGAGCUUCCAGAAGAUGUGGGUAUUCCAAUUGGAGGUGCAGACAGCAAUACAUUGUAUAGGCUGGAAAUCCACUACAACAAUCCAAACAUUGUUGCAGGUCGGAGCGACAGCUCAGGGCUGAGGCUUCACUAUACACUCCUACCAAGGAAGUAUGACGCGGGCAUCCUCACCACUGGCAUGCUGCCACAUAGCACUCUGAACUACAACAUUCCUCCAAAAGCCCCUCAAUUCCACACCUACGGCGUGUGCAACACAAGUCUCUUUUCUCAGUUCCUGAAUCCUGUGCCCGACCUGCAAGUGUUUGCUGUGAUGCUGCACACUCACUUGGCCGGGAGGAAAAUCAGAGUGGGCCAUUACAGAAACGGAGAGCAGAUAGACUUCUUGGCCUUGAACGAAAACUACAACUUUGAGCUACAGGAGACCCUAAGUUUGGGAAACAUCAAGACCAUCAAGCAGGGUGAUGAGAUUAUGGUGGAAUGCACCUACAGUACUACCGAUCGCACCGGCGUCACCAGGAUGGGGUUGUCAACUACUGAUGAGAUGUGCCUGGCCUUCCUGCUCUACUACCCUGCAAUCAAUAUCACCACCUGUGUUAGCCACCCAAACACAAGCAUGUCUAAGGACCAGGAUACAAUUGCUGCACAGGAGAGUUUUCUGAAGGAUCUUCCACAAAUUCAAUAUGCCUCUGAUGAGAACUACCACUUCUCAGUUGACCAAAGCGGCAUGGUCAGAGCCUUGAUGGAAACACGGAAUGUCACCUGUCCAAAGGUCAAUUCAGCAAGCAGACUUGGCACUUCCUGGAUUAUGAGUUCAACAGGAAUCCUACUUUUGAUGCUCUGGAUUACAGUAAUAUAACAUGUUUGUAUGAGCAACAGAUCCAUACCAUUGCGAUCUCUACAUCAGAAGGCACAGUUACUAAAACAUCUAUUGUAUUCAACUUUACAAGACAGGAUGUUAACCGUUUUCUUUGUUUUCCUUUUGAACUUGUUUCUCUCUAGUAUUGAUUAUUGAUCAUCUCUUAAUUGUGUAUAUGUAUUUUAGUCAGUUCAUGCACUCUAAGCCUUUAAUUGCUGUACUGUAUGUAUACAAGUGUAUGUAUACAAAUGUUUAAAGGAGCCAAUCAUUUGAUAAUUCAUCACUCAAUAAAAUAUAUA